AUGGGUCUUGUAGAAAGUAAGGUUCUCCUUCAAAAGCUGCAAAAUAUCUGCUACGAGGCAGAAACGCAAGGCUCAACUCGGAUAGACGUGAUCUUGCAGGAUACAGAGGCGAGUACACCUACGAUUCAACUCCUCAAGUCCUCGUGGACACACCUUCCCGAAGAUGCUCGAAGAAUCAUCGUCGGGAACCCCCCGACUCAGGAUACUCGCAUCACCAAUACUCGCAUCACCAACGGCAACACAGCAAGAAAGCCCGCGAAGCGUUUGAAAUCAUCACAACCCCGCCCGCCUCGCGAAAGAAAAAGUGCCACAAAAGCUCAAAUUUGCCUUUCCAGUUCCAUCUCGAGUAAUAUUUCUCGUUGGACGAAAAAUCCAUCUGAUUUCUUCCUUGAUGCCGAUGAGACAAUUGUCAACUUUGAAGCGCCUGCUCUGGGCUUCUUUUAUCGAAGUCUGUUGCACUUUGAGCAUCGCAGAGACAAUGACUUGAUUCGAUCGCGGUUCCUGAAGGUUCUCUUUUUCAAGCUGAAACAUAAAUUCGGUCUACAAAGGCUUCAUUCACACAGUUCAGAUCUUCUUGCCAAAAUCAUCUUAAAAUCUCCAUUAGUGGGUCAUGAUCGAGAUGAUAUUAAGGAGAACAUUAUCCAAUGGUCGAAAGAAGGAAGCAAGAUCGAUAACCUGUGCCGUGAUAUUGAUGAUAGUUCUGAUGAUGGGUACCGGUAUCUUUGGAUUUUAUUCUGCUUGCCAGAGGAUGUUGGAAAAGAAUACGACCUUGCCCAUGUGAUAUUUGAGAACCUGUGGGGAUGUGUUGAGUCUAUCACGCUGGAAAUUGUCCAGGGUUCUCCGUUAGUGACAGAUCAGCCGUCAUGGCAUAUAUUAGCACCGAAUGAUGGAAAUAGCAGGGAAACUAAUGUACGACUUCGUGGUCCCGAGUCGUCCAUAUAUGAACCAAAUCUUCUAAGGCGUCAGAACCUUGCAAGCAUGCCGAGUCCAGCUCAAGGGCUCAGGUGGGGUUCGAAUUCAACUCGAUCGACGCUGCUCUAUCAAUCCUCUCCAGAUUUCUCUACGGCAUCCUUGAACCCACAAGGCUUGGGAAGAAGUACAAUGGAUAGCAUUCCUGGUUCGAAUGCGGAUAGCUCUGCAUCUCCAGAAAUACAGAACGGCCAUAUUGAGCCUCGGGGUCCGCUGUCAGAUGAGGUGAAUUCAAUCCAGGUUCCUUAUGACCACCGGCAGUUCAGAUAUCCUAUCCCGCAGUCUCCAGAGCUACCAAACCCGACCUUGAGCGAUCCCCCUACGACGCAGGUUCCUUACGACCACUGGCAGUUCAGAUAUCCUAUCCCGCAGUCUCCAGAGCUACCAAACCCGACCUUGAGCGAUCCCCCUACGACGCAGGUUCCUUACGACCACUGGCAGUUCAGAUAUCCUAUCCCGCAGUCUCCAGAGCUACCAAACCCGACCUUGAGCGAUCCCCCUACGACGCAGGUUCCUUACGACCACUGGCAGUUCAGAUAUCCUAUCCCGCAGUCUCCAGAGCUACCAAACCCGACCUUGAGCGAUCCCCCCGCGACGCAGGUUCCUUACGACCACUGGCAGUUCAGAUAUCCUAUCCCGCAGUCUCCAGAGCUACCAAACCCGACCUUGAGCGAUCCCCCUACGACGCAGGUUCCUUACGACCACUGGCAGUUCAGAUAUCCUAUCCCGCAGUCUCCAGAGCUACCAAACCCGACCUUGAGCGAUCCCCCUACGACGCAGGUUCCUUACGACCACUGGCAGUUCAGAUAUCCUAUCCCGCAGUCUCCAGAGCUACCAAACCCGACCUUGAGCGAUCCCCCCGCGACGCAGGUUCCUUACGACCACUGGCAGUUCAGAUAUCCUAUCCCGCAGUCUCCAGAGCUACCAAACCCGACCUUGAGCGAUCCCCCUACGACGCAGGUUCCUUACGACCACUGGCAGUUCAGAUAUCCUAUCCCGCAGUCUCCAGAGCUACCAAACCCGACCUUGAGCGAUCCCCCCGCGACGCAGGUUCCUUACGACCACUGGCAGUUCAGAUAUCCUAUCCCGCAGUCUCCAGAGCUACCAAACCCGACCUUAAAGGAUCCCCCCGCGACGCAGCUUCCCUACGAGCACUGGCAAUUUAUGACAUCAGUAUCGGACUCAUUCAUUGCAUAA